AAAUUAUCCAACUAGACCAAUCCAAUUAUAUGCAUAACCGUGACGAACAGCCCGCUACCAUCUCUUGGGUUAUUUGUGAUCAAAAAUGAUCUUUGUGGGCCGAAUUUUUUUGGCCGUUUGAUUCGUGGCAAAACCUGCGUAGGAACCUCAAAUCCCCGAUCUUCAAGCAAGCUGCUCACUUCGCUUUCCAUCCAUGGCGACGGAGAACAACACGAAGGCGAACAAGAAGAACAAGCAGCGCUAUCUCCCCCACAACAAGGCAGUGAAGAAGGGUUCUUAUCCGUUACGCCCAGGAGUUCAAGGUUUUUUUAUAACGUGCGAUGGAGGGAGGGAACGACAAACCUCUCAUGAAGCUGUUAAUGUUAUUGAUUCUUUUUACGAAGAGCUGCUGCAUGGGACACAAUCAAUGGUGGAAGACACUGAUUCAUCAAAACAAUUAUUGAACAAGAAAAUUGUGUUUAAGUAUUCUGAUUCUUCUAGUAGCGGUGAGGAAGAUGAAGGAAAUGAAGAUGAUGAAAAUGGAGAAGACCCAAAGGAUGAAUGUUACACACAGGGGAGUGAAGAUAAAAAAGAAAAAAAUAAUGGAUUUGAAAAAAAGGAGCAAACAGAAUGUCUUGAGAAUGAAAGAGAUGAAAUUGAGGGGCCACCUGCAAAGAAACAGUGUGUCGAGUCUGCAAAAACAGAAUCUUUAACAACUGCUACUUCUAAUAAGCCCAAGGAGCAAUCUAUUGAUAGAUUAAUUGAAGCUGAGCUUGCUCAAUUGGGAGAUAAGAGCAAGAGACGCUUUAUUUACCUAGAUUCGGGUUGCAAUGGUGUUAUCUUUAUCCAAAUGCGCUUUGGAGAUGGUGACCCUACCCCAAAGGAUAUUGUCUACCAUAUGGUAUCCUCUCUUGCCGCUACCAAGAAGCAUGUUUCAAGGUUCAUGUUAAGACUGCUACCAAUUGAAGCAACGUGCUACACAUCUGAUGAGGAAUUGAAGAAAGCAAUUAAACCUCUUAUUGAGAAAUACUUCCCCUCUGAAACUCAAAAUCCGCUUAAGUUUGCAGUGCUUUACGAUGCCCGUGCGAAUUCCGGAAUAAGCAGAUCAAAAAUUAUUGACACAGUUGCGAAAUCUGUCCCUCUACCUCACAAAGUUGAUCUCAGCAAUCCAGAUUUGCAUAUAGUGGUUCAAAUUGUGAAGACAGUUUGCUUGCUUGGGGUUGUUGAAAAAUACAAAGAAUUGGCCAAGUACAAUGUCAGACAGCUGACAUCUUCUAAGUGAAGUUGUUGAAUUUGCCAAAAGCACAUCUACAUAGAUUGUUACUUUUUGGACUUCUAAGAGACAAGAUUCGACCCCAAAAAUAUGGCAAACCUAGUGGUGGAAGUGUGGAACGAGAGGUGUCUGGACCCGUUCUUCGUUUUUGUUAUUUUGUACGAAGUACAUAGCUCCCGAUAUUUUUCCUUUCUUACUUCAUCAUCAAUUCAUCAUUUCAUCAUACGCAUAUUCCAUCUGGAAAUCAAUUUCGUGGAAGGAAGGCACAGUGGAAAACGAGUUACUGAACAGGAAAAGCUCUAAGAAAUACUGUAUUUUCCACAAGGAGAAGCCUUUUGACGAAGAUUGCAGCGAUGAAGAAGAAAAUAAAAGCUGUUGUAAUGAUCAUCACCAAUUCUCCACAAUCAGGGUCUUGUGAAGAUUGCGGUACCUCGGUAGAUGCAAAGAUCAUUGGUUGAUUGAACUUGUAACCGUAACAAAUUUUAUGGUAUAGUUGAAAACCUCUUGAGUUAUUAAAUUUUUGUGUUUUUUUCUCCUUGAUCAGGUCCGUGGAUUCAGGAUAUGUAAUGUGUUAAUGUGGAAAUUCGGAGUAUGGUUGGAUGAAAAAGAGAUGACGGUGUCAUCCAUUGAUGUUAUGAAAAAUGUGUAAUGUGUACUUUUAGUGAGCAUAUGACUUAUUAUAUUGAGUAUUAGGAGGCUAACAAUGAGUGUCACG